AAAUCGACUUCUGCAAGGGACCAAACUACCUGGCAUUUCAAAAAGUCAACAGCUUGAAAAAUACUUACUGAUUGAAGAACUUUUUUAGUUGUAUUUUCCUUGUUUGUUUCUUCUAAACAACCCAACAUGGCCUCGUUAGUUUCGGAAAUUUUGAUGUCAGCAGGUCAAUAUGAGAAAAGAGACUUGCAAACGGAACUCGAAAAAGUCAAACGCAAGAUUGAUGAUGCAAAAUUCCAGGUUUCCAAAUUUGUUGAACAGCACUACCUGGAUUUCGAUCCUUUGCUUGUUCACUCAAGAGAAUUGGUCGAAACAUCAUCCAAACUCAGCGAAGAAGUAGAGGAACUAGUUGCCAAGGCAGAGACUGAACUCAAGUUUCAACUUGACAGCUCAACAAAUGAGUUCAAUUCCAUCGGCAGUCAGAUUAAUGCUGCCAAGCUUCAAGUGCAGCUCCUGGAGAGGGUGUCUCGACUCCACACCAUCCUGGAGAGUCUGAAACGGGUGACUGUUGAAGAUCUCAUUCUCUACGCAGAGGCAAUAGCUGAAGCCGAAUCUAUCCUCGACGACGCUGAAGAUCAAAUCGACACUGAACUUGACAUUUGGGGCAGUGUCAAGUUUGAAAUUGAGUUGAAUAAAGACCAGCUCCUGAAACACUUGGAAAACAGCUGGAACACGGAAAUUCAAUGGAUCAAAAAGGAUUCAAUUACACAACUCAAACUGAACCCAUACAAGCUGAAAGACGUGUUUCAAGCCUUGGCCAUCGUAGGACAAUUGGACAGGCCACUUUACGACUGGAGUUCCCGUCUGUUUGAAGAUAUCCUCGUCCCCUUGACCAAGGCCGACACCGUCAUCAGCAUCGAAGAGAAUCUCGAAUUGACCGAAGGCGAACGACCCAUCACCGAACUGGCUGAACUAGAAACAGCAGUGAAAAAUAUCAGUUUGACAUUCCAGCAUCUGAACCAACACCUGGAUUUCGAACUGAAAGACGUCCGGGUUUUGCAAUUGGUUGGCCAGCAAAUAGCUGACGAAUUCGCCAAACUUUUUGUCAAAACCUGCCUGAAAUCAACGUUGCCAUCCAGCAGUUCUCUGCUGUCCAGUCCUGAAUACGAAAAAGCCUUACAGAUGGUUGUCGGUUUGGAACAGGAAAUGAUAGACAAUGGAUUUAUGACUGAACGAGUCAUUGAGGAAUUCUCCGUCAACGUCGACCUUUUCUUUGCCGACAAGCAGUGCCUGGAGAGUUUAUCCCGAGCCCGCCAACUCAUGUGCCUGGACCUGCACGACACGAUUUACUUGAAGGACAACAUCGAGCAGACGAUGGUGGAGGAGGACGAGAGGAACAACGCCGAAACGGCUCACCUGUGGAAAAUGUUGAGCGAAGGCGGAAUGGAAGUGAAAUGGAGUCCCUUCCGUUUCCCACACUGUCAAAUCAGUCGCUCCACUCAGGAUCUGAUUGAAAUGCUGACCAAUCUGGUCCAGGAGGCUGGACUGAGUAGCGCCACUGAACGCAGUUCUGCUCGCCUCUUGUUCACUGUCCGAUCCAUUUGCGAGUUGUACGUUUCCGUCGUGCCGGAAUACCAUCGCGACGCCCUGGAGAAACUCCCUUUCCACGCUGCUGUGGCUCACAAUAACGGCAUGUACCUGGCCCAUUCGAUCCUGACGCUGGGCACUGGACAUCUCAUCAAAUUGGUCCAGCAGAAUGCCGUGCCCCUGAUGGAUUUGGUCGGCAAAUUCAGGCAGUUGGCCGCCCACAUUUUCCUGGAACACAUGAAACGUCAGCGCGAUCAACUCUUGGCCAUCCUCAAAGAAGCUGGAUUCAACCGAUUAGAGAGCGAAUCGAAACUUCCGGCCAGUGUCGAGAAAGCUGGACGCCAAGUUUUGCAUCAGCUCCGCAACUUGCAAAAGAUUUGGCAGCCCGUUUUACCCCUGGAAGUUUACCUGAGAGCCAUCGGCACCUUAUCCAACAGCGUCCUGGAGGAACUGCUACUCCGCAUCACCACGAUGGAAGAUAUUCCGGCAGCAGCGGCUCUACAAUUGGCAGACCAGUGUCAAAACUUUACCAAUACUUUACCCUUGCUCUUUGGCCCAGUCAACGACGAAGAACCGGAAGACAAGACGGAAAUGGUGGCACUAGUGUUGCAACACAUUCACCUUUGGGCCAGAUUUGAAGAGCUUAGACAUUUACUGGGAGCCGGCCUGAGAGAUAUUGAAGGGCGUUGGUCAUCCGGCAAAGGUCCACUGGCCGCCCAUUUCGCUGCGGAUGAAGUGAAACAAAUGAUUCGUGCCUUGUUCCAGAAUACCGAUCACCGAGCCGCCACUCUGUCCCGCAUCAAAUAAACUCUUUCCCUGGAAAAUAAAAUGAUCGCUGGAAUUGCAUGAAAUACAACAAUUAAAAGUCUGAGAUUAAA